AUGGACGCGACUACCUGGAUCGAACCGGAGUGCAUCAAUGCUGACCUGGAGGCGGACAGCCAGGGCGCAACCGCCUGCCGGCCGCUGCAGGACGGCGCAGCAUGCUGGCCGGGCUCCGUCUGCCACCGCGGCCUGUGCGGAGGCGCCGACGAGCUCGGCAUCAAGAUGGAGUCUGCCGCUGUCGCCGCCCUAACCAAGGGUGGCUCAGACGCCGACGCCCCACCCAAGAAGGACGACAAAAAGCCGGACCCCAAAAAGCAGGACGCCGUCAAGAAGGACGACAAGAAGCCGCCGCAGCCGCAGCCCGCCGUCAAGAAGCCGCCAUCCCCGCCGCCGCCGUCCCCGCCGCCGCCCCCGCCGCCGCCCCCGCAGGCGACGUACAUGAGCGGCGGCCGGCUGGUCGUUUACGACAUCCCGCUGCCGUCCCCGCCCGCGCCGGCGCAGCCGGUGGCGGGGUGGGCGACGGUGGCCUCUGUCGUGGAGUCCAAGGCCAAGCUCACGCGCGUGCCGCAGACGUUCCUGGCCACGAGUCACGAGUGGGACCGCAUGAUGGACUACGCGAACAACGUGGCCGCGUUCAAGAACAUAUUCCGCGAGUUCGGGCCGAGCCCGAUCAUCCGAGUGGGGGGCGCGACGCAAGACCGGAUGGUGGGCCAGCCCGCCACGGAGAUCUGGGUGGCCCUGAGGAAGAUGCACGAGGCGUUCAACGCGCGGUUCCUGAUCGGCCUGCCCCUGCUGCCCUCGGACAGCAUCGAGCGCGCGAAAACGAUGAUGAAGACGGUAGAGAAGUACAUUCCCAAGAAGGCCCUCCUCGGAUAUGAGCUCGGGAACGAGCCCGAGUUCUGGCCCGACAGCGUCGGCGGCUUCAAGGCCAAGGACCCGAAAAAGUUUGUCCCCGGCUUUGACGCCUAUGCAGAGUACUUUGACCGCGUGGCGACCGCCAUCAACGGCUGCCCCAAGAACGGCAGCGCGCCCAACCCGAUGCUGUCCGGCCCCGGCUGGGGCAACGUGAACACCAUCGACGCUAAGUGGCUGUCGAAGCACGCGAGGAUGAAGGGGGCCAAGUGCUACAUGCGGGAACUCAGUGUGCACCCUUGA